UUUCUUCGGAUGUAAAUGCUUGGGUUCAUUUUGCUGUCAAAAAUAAGGUGAAAACACUUGAGUUGUUGCUACAAUCCGAUGAACACUUCUAUAAGCUUCCUCAGGCGUUGUUUUCUAAUUCUUCAUUGAAAUCGUUGUGGUUGCAAAGAUGCAGUUUGGCUCCUCAUAGAACGAUACAGUGGCAAUCUUUAUCUUAUCUGCAGAUUGAAAAUGUAGAGUUGUGUGAGGAUGUAAUUCAAAAGAUAUUAUCUGGUUGUCCAGUACUGCAUGACUUAAAUCUGUCAGAAUGUUGGGGAUUCAAUUUUCUGGAUGUAAAUUCUCAAAGUCUCGCUUCACUUGGUGUAUCAGUGUGUGAAGAUAAGAUGAGUAAACAUGUGGUAGAAAUCUCAGCACCCUAUAUUAGGACAUUGAAUAUUGGACUUCAUCCUUCAAAAACAAAGAUGCAGCUCAACAACAUACCAUCUGUUGCUGAUGCUAAUAUUGAUUUCAGUGUGUGUCGUAGCUCUGUGGAAGUGAUGAAUAACACCAUGGAACUUCUUGAAAAGAUUGGGCAUGUCAAAGUGCUUGUACUUGGAUGUGGGUUCAUUGAGGUUCUAUCAAAGAUGGUGGUGCUUGGUUGGCGGCUUCCGCAGUCUAGGCAAGAUUGUUUGGUAAUUGAUACAUGGAGGGAUGGCGAUAGCAUUCCUGCCAUUCUAGGCCUGCUCGAAUCGUCUUCAAAACUAGAUACAUUGGUCAUACAGUGCUGUGACUCUUAUGAGGAAUCCGUCACGACCUGGGAACCAUUGCUGAAGGAUGACCUCGUUUGUGACUUGUUGCAUCUGAAGGCGGUUCGUUUUAUAGGCUAUGCAAAUCCAUAUCUUGCCGGUGAGCCAAUGCUAACAGUGGCUCGAAUCUUGCUUAAGAGAGCUACGGCCUUGGAAAAGAUGGUGAUCGAUAAAGGAGAAGAUUUGACCAACUUCCCUUCAGAUGUUUCCAAGAUAGUUCAAACAGUAUUUAGUUAUCCAAGGUCCUCAGAAAAAGCCAUAGUCAUUCUCCACGAAUAUGAAUGAUCUCAUAAGAAAAAAGGCCACACUCAUUAUGUGAUCGAGUUCAUUUGUUUUACUGUUGUAUUCUGCUUUAAGCUCAAAAUUAAUUACUCAGAACUUUAAACCGAUUCGGACUCGUAUUUAUUUCUAAUAUCAUAGCAAACUUAUUUGGCUUCCAAAAGGCUCUGCUAUAGUCGUACUAGUUUAAAGUUUGUCUUUGUAAUCCAUUUACAAUAGCCGUCCAAGUAUGUGACUGCAUUUCUUUACCUUA